AUGGCGCUGUACGGGACUUCUGACGCUUUGAUGUGCAGGGCGUUCCCGAUGACUCUGCGGGGGCCAGCCCUCACAUGGUACAGUAGCCUGAAGCCCGGGACCAUCGCCUCCUUCGAUCAGCUCGCCAAGGAUUUCGAGCUAAACUUCUUGGCCUAUGCCCGACCGAAGCCGUCCAUGGCACUGCUCCUCGGGCUCAACCAGAAGGACGACGAGCCCCUCUCCCAUUUUGUGAACCGCUUUACAAUGCAGAUCCGCGGAUUAUCGGAUGCUCACCCCUCUCUCUUAAUGCAGGCAUUCAUGACAGGCCUACGGCCCUCCAGGUUCUUCUGGUCGCUCGUGGAGCGGCCCCCCGUCGCGGUCCCCGAAAUGCUCCAGCGUGCCAGUCAAUUCGUCGCCGCGGAGACUUGGAUGGCUGGGAAGCGGGAGGAUCACAGAAAGGUCAAGUCAGAGCCGCCCCGACAGCUACAACCCCCCGCCUCCCAGUAG